AUGCCUGCAAGCAACUCCAUGCCCUCUGCCAAGCCUACCCUGCCCGAGGGUCACUUUCUCUUCACCUCAGAAUCGGUCGGUGAAGGCCACCCGGACAAGAUCUGUGAUCAGGUUUCUGAUGCCAUUCUAGAUGCAUGCCUCAAAGACGACCCGUGGUCAAAGGUCGCAUGUGAGACUGCCAGCAAGACCGGCAUGAAAGUGAUUCGUGAGACGAUCAAGCGAAUCGGAUACGACCAUUCCGACAAGGGCUUCGACUACAAGACCUGUAACGUCCUCGUGGCCAUCGAGCAGCAGUCUCCUGAUAUCGCUCAAGGCUUGGAUAACGGAAGUCUUGAAAACCAUGGGGCUGGUGAUCAGGGUAUCAUGUUCGGCUACGCCACCGACGAGACCGCUGAGCUGAUGCCCCUGACGCUUGUCCUGGCCCAUCAACUGAAUGCCAAGCUGGCCGAAGAGAGACGGAAAGAGGGCGGACUGAAUUGGCUCCGUCCGGAUUCCAAGACCCAAGUCACGAUCGAGUACAAGAAGGAGCAGGACAGCGGGGCAGUGGUGCCGAUUCGAGUAGACACUAUCGUGGUUUCUACCCAGCAUGCUGAAAGCAUCUCCACCGAAGACCUGCGAGAAGCCGUCAUGGAGAAGAUCGUCAAGCAGGUCAUCCCUUCCCAUCUGCUCGACGACAGAACCAUCUACCACAUCCAACCUGCCGGGCGGUUCGUGAUCGGUGGUCCUCAGGGUGAUGCCGGACUAACUGGUCGAAAGAUCAUCGUCGACUCAUACGGAGGCUGGGGUGCCCACGGAGGAGGUGCGUUUUCCGGGAAGGAUUGGUCCAAGGUUGAUCGAUCAGGGGCCUACCUGGCCCGAUGGAUCGCCAAGUCGAUAAUCGCCGCCGGAUUGGCCCGAAGGAUCUUGGUCCAAUUGUCCUACGCCAUCGGGGUCGCCGAGCCGCUCAGUAUUCACGUGGACUCGUACGGAACAUCCAAAGGAAAGACCGACGCCCAGCUAGUCGACAUCAUCCUACGUAACUUUGACUUGAGACCCGGUGUUGUUGUGAAAGAACUUGGUCUGCAAAGACCCAUCUACACCCAGACCGCUGCCUAUGGUCAUUUCGGUAACCCCCAAUACCCAUGGGAACAACCCAAACAGCUUAAAUUUUGA